AUGGCUUCAUUCUUCAGAUCAGUACCCAGAGCUCUUUCUCGUGCUUCGGCAUGUCAGCCCCUGACUGCUCGUGCCAGAGCUGCUCCCUUCUUGUACCGUGGUCUUGCCACAACCCAGGAGCAGCCUCGCAUUCGUCUGGGCUCUGUUGCCCCUGACUUCAGUGCAAAGACUACCAGCGGUGACAUCAACUCGUUCCACGAAUGGAUUGGCGACAGCUGGGCAAUCUUGUUCAGCCAUCCUGCCGACUACACGCCUGUAUGCACCACUGAGCUCGGUGCAUUUGCCAAGUUGAAGAACGAGUUCGAUGCUCGUGGCGUCAAGAUGAUUGGCCUGAGCGCCAACGACCUCGGAUCGCAUGAGGGUUGGAUUCAGGACAUCAACGAGAUCGCAAACACCAGCCUCCAGUUCCCCAUCAUCGCUGACCACGAUAGAAAGGUUGCCUUUCUGUACGACAUGAUCAACCAGGAAGACUUGGACGACGCAGCCAAGAAGAGCAUCGCUUUCACCAUCCGCUCCGUCUUUGUCAUCGACCCCCAGAAGAAGGUCCGUCUCACGAUGAUGUACCCUGCAUCUACUGGCAGAAACAGCGCCGAGGUUCUCAGAGUCAUCGACUCUCUCCAGACGGCAGAUAAGAAGGGAAUCGCCACACCCAUCAACUGGCAAGUUGGCGAGGACGUUAUUGUGCCUCCUUCCGUCUCGACCGAGGACGCAAAGAAGAAGUUCAACAACGUCAGAGAGCUCAAGCCUUACCUGCGCUACGCAGAGAUCAAGUAG